UGACUUUGUUUUCUUUUUUUUAUUGUGCGGUGCGAAAAUUUGUUGUUUACCUGGCAAGAAAAUUAAGGUUAAGUGGAAAAUUGUCAAAAUAAAAAGUUUAAAGCCGCAAAAUAAACUUCUCGACGCCGAAGCAAUACAUUAGCAAUUGGAACAAUUAACAAGUGACCACCGAAACAAAAUGAGCUUCCCUCUGACGAAUCCCAACAAAGAGACUAUACGUGCGGCCUGCAAAAAAUGUGGCUAUGCAGGACAUCUGACUUAUCAAUGCCGCAACUUUUUGAAAGUUGACCCCAAUAAAGAAAUUGUACUUGAUGUUUCAAGCACCAGCUCGGAUUCCGAACUGGAUUAUCUUACACCGUUGACAGAACUUCGUAUGAAGGAAUUAAAAGAAAAAGAAGCUGAACUACUAAAAGCAAAAAACGAGAAAAAACAUAAAAAAUCUAAAUCAAAGAAAUCUAAAAAAUCAACAUCCUCCAAAAAGCGCAAAAAGAGUAAGAAGAGCGUAAAAAGUAAGAAGCAUAAAAAACACAAAGAAACAUCAUCAUCCAGUGGCAGCAGCGAUAGUAGCAGCAGUUCAGAUUCCAGUAGUGAAGAAUCAGAGACCGAGUCGGAUUCGAGUGACAAUGAAGAUUCGCCGACAAGCAGUGAUGAUGAGUACGGCCGUAAGAAAAAGAAACAGGGCAAGUACAAGCGCAAAGCCGAAUCACAAGCUAUGCGUCCCAAGAAAACGCGUGUGAAGCGUAAACGGCAUCGAGCUUCCGCACGACCUUCCAGUAGUGAAGAGGACGAAACUAGUUCUGAUUAAAAAAAGGUUGUGUGCUAAACUGAGAUUUUGCAAUUAGUUGCUUUAGCUGGUUAAAGUGGUGCCAGCGGGUUACAAAUAUACAUAAAGUACAUACUAGCUUACAUACAUACAUAUAAUAGUUUUAAAAGUUGAAUUCCGUUUAAUAAUUUUAAAAGUGAUUUUGUUGUAAUUGGCUAAUUUAGGCAUAAUCUCAUACACGCUGUAAUCACACUUACAUCUAGCUUAUAGAUCGACCACUGCCCACUACUAGUAAUAGUUAAAUAUUACAUUGAAACUUAUUUAAAAAUAACAAUUAUGACCAGUAAACUUUUUUUUUUUUAACUUAAAGUGGACUGUAUAUGAAGAUUACUCAUACAUACGUAUACUCAUAUACAAUAAAUAUGAAUAAUUAAAUAUGUAUAUGAUUAGUUAAAUUAUAUUUCUCAGUGAAAAUCAUAAAGAAUAUAGCUUAAUUUCAUUACACAUCAGCGUACUACAUACAUAUGUAUAAUUAUUGAUUGUUGAACUUCUGUAAAGCCUUAAUGUGUAAAUACUAGUGAGGAAGCAAGAAAGAUAACAUUCAGUUUAUACUAUAGUUAAUCAAUGAGUUGUUCGUAUAAAUGACCGAAGGAGAACAAAUAUACGUAUAUAUAAAAAUUCAAA